AUCAGAUAUGUUCGAUUAACUUGUUUGUUUCCAAUAAUUUAAAACGAAGCUUUCACCGAAAGAUAGUGGAGAACGAGGAUAUGAUGAGAUUCACAGCCUACGCUGUGUGUGACCGUCCUCGGAGCGCCGCCUCAACGACGGCAUCAGCAGGACUGCCUCAUGACGGCGUCUAUGUGAAGUUCAGCCUGUACACAUCCCCAUUCCAGAUGGACUCCAUCACAACCGUUUGCCGUCAGCUUAGCAACGAGGGUCGCUUCUCAAUGUUAUCGGCAAUUCUACCGAAGUGGGGCCACAUUCUUGAUUGCCAAACCCUAUUGGCCAUCACAAAAGAGGUGAUCAGAAAAGCGCGGCAACAAAUCGCUGAGAGUGAUCAUGAUCAUCGUAGACGCCACCAGAUUCUUGUGAAGAUAUUGUCGUUCCAGAUACAUGAUGACGUGGAGGCUGCGGACGAUGAUGAUGUUAACGUUGUUCGAAGUACGAGGAAGAGGGCGAACGCCGACAUUGAAGGCGGUGACGGUGGGGGUAAUUGUUAUUGCGUUAUUUGCAUGGAGGAGAUGACCGCGGAGAUGAGGAGGGCAAAUAAGAAGAGCAGGAUGUUUAAUGAUGUUGUAACAUGCAAUCAUAUUGCAACAGGGUCCUACUUUCACAACCGCUGCCUUUGCACUUGGCUGCGGAAAAACCCUUCUUGCCCUCUCUGCCGCUCCCAGAUCAUAAACAAAAUUCAUAAUUAGCCUCUCCUGAUUUUUUAAGUAAUAUUAUAACUAAUGGAUGUUUGAAUGAAACAUUGAUUUAACUUGUAAAUGUCAGUGCAUAAUUUUUGCAUUGAAAUACGAAGGCAUGGUUACA